AUGAUGUCCUGGUCGUUACUUCGGCCGGCGCUGGUCGCUAAUCCCGCUUCGCCUCGUGCGGCAGAGGGCCUUACACGCCGCGCCAUAUCACAUGUCUUAGACUGUACGGCACAAUCUCGAGCGGUAGCUGUAGGCUGUCGACGGCAGUGGAACAGUACUCAUGCUAGGAAGCCCGCAGUUCUACCUGCGUUGCCAAAGAAGACGUUCGAUAGUGGUAGGAAUGUUACAAAUAGAACAAUUCCGGUAACAGCCUACUCGACCGUUGUCGAGACGCCAUCCACGCCUUACGCAGAUCUCACUGUAGGUGUGCCUCGCGAGACAUUUGCUAAUGAGCGACGCGUGGCAAUCUCGCCUCAAAAUGUGGCCCUGCUCAAGAAGAAGGGCUUUAGUAGUGUAUUGGUAGAGCGUGGAGCUGGUGCGCUGGCCGACUUUCCAGAUGAAGCUUACCAGAAAGCUGGCGCUACCCUAGUUGACGCAGAGGAGGUUUGGAAACAAGCGGACAUCGUACUUAAAGUACGAGGGCCGAAUAUCAAGGAAAUCGAACGACUUAGAGAAGGCGCAACGAUCAUCUCAAUGCUCCAGCCCGCCCAGAACAAGGAUAUUGUUGAGCGCCUCGCUGCUCGCAAGGUUACAUCAUUUGCUAUGGACAUGAUUCCUCGCAUCUCCCGCGCUCAAGUAUUCGAUGCUCUCAGCUCAAUGGCGAAUAUUGCCGGUUAUAAAGCGGUUCUAGAAGCGUCAAACAACUUUGGCCGCUUCUUGACUGGCCAGGUCACUGCGGCUGGGAAAAUCCCCCCAUGCAAGGUUCUCGUAAUCGGUGCUGGAGUUGCGGGUUUGAGUGCAAUUGCAACUGCUCGUAGGAUGGGCGCAAUUGUUCGCGGUUUUGACACACGCUCUGCCGCAAGGGAGCAAGUCCAAUCUCUUGGCGCAGAGUUUAUCGAGGUUGAGAUCCAGGAAGAUGGAUCUGGAGCAGGGGGAUAUGCUAAAGAAAUGUCUCCUGAAUUUAUCGCUGCCGAAAUGAAGCUAUUCACCGAGCAGGCUAGAGACGUUGAUAUCAUUAUCACCACAGCUCUUAUUCCUGGGAAGAGAGCACCCAAGCUAAUCACGAAGGAUAUGGUUGAGGUUAUGAAACCUGGUUCUGUUGUCGUGGACUUGGCUGCUGAAGCAGGGGGCAAUUGCGAAGUGACCGAAGCAGGUAAACUGAUAACGUACAAUGGCGUGAAAAUCAUUGGAUACACGGACUUGCCAUCUAGAUUGCCAACGCAGUCAUCGACUCUGUACUCGAAUAAUAUUGUUAAGUUCCUUCUGUCGAUGACACCCCAGGAUAAGUCAUUUGGCAUCGAUUUGAGUGACGAAGUUGUUCGAGGUGCUAUUGUUACUAAUAAAGGAGAGAUCCUACCGCCUGCACCGCGGCCAGCCCCUCCACCAGCCCCUACGCCUAAAGCUGUAGCGAAGCCUGAGGAAGAGGUAGUUGCGGUAACUCCAUUCCAGAAGACAUCUCGAGAAGUGGCUACAGUUACUGCUGGUAUGGGUACUGCUUUAGCCCUUGGAAAGCUUACCGGACCCAUCUUCAUGGGAAACGCCUUCACUUUCGCACUGGCUUCGCUGAUCGGGUAUCGAGUUGUCUGGGGCGUGACCCCGGCCCUUCAUUCCCCCUUGAUGAGCGUCACCAAUGCUAUAUCUGGAAUGGUUGGUAUUGGUGGUCUCUUCAUCUUGGGUGGUGGUUAUGUCCCCGAAACAAUCCCACAAGCGCUUGGUGCAGCAUCUGUGCUAUUAGCUUUCGUAAACGUGUCUGGCGGCUUCGUAAUUACGAAGAGGAUGCUAGAUAUGUUUAAGCGGCCAACUGAUCCACCGGAGUACCCAUGGCUCUAUGCGAUUCCCGGUAUUCUGUUCGGAGGCGGCUAUCUUGCGGCGGCUUCGACAGGGGCCGCAGGGCUUGUGCAAGCGGGAUACAUGGUCAGCUCGGUGCUUUGCAUCAGCUCCUUGUCUGGCUUGGCAUCUCAAGCUACGGCAAGAAUGGGCAACUUACUUGGGAUUCUCGGUGUUGGCUCUGGUGUCCUCGCCUCUUUGUUAGCCGUCGGAUUCAGUCCUGAAGUGUUGACCCAAUUUGGUACUCUCGCUACGAUUGGAGCUAUUUUGGGCUUCGUUAUUGGCAAACGCAUUACUCCAACAGAUCUUCCCCAGACAGUUGCAGCACUCCAUUCUGUUGUUGGUCUAGCUGCGGUAUUGACUAGUAUUGGCAGCGUCAUGGGUGACCUCUCUCAUAUCUCGACCCUUCACCUUGUCACAGCCUACCUCGGAGUAUUAAUUGGUGGUAUCACGUUUACCGGGUCUAUCGUCGCGUUCAUGAAGUUAGCUGGAAAGAUGUCCUCGAGGCCUUUGAUUCUCCCUGGCCGGCACCUGAUUAACUCAAGCAUGCUUGCCGCUAACAUAGGAACGAUGGGCGCUUUUGUUACGAUGGCACCAGGCUCACCUAUGAUUGCUGCUGUGGCACUAAGUGCGAACACGAUACUGUCGUUUGCCAAAGGGUUUACUACGACAUCUGCAAUCGGCGGAGCGGACAUGCCAGUCGUGAUCACGGUUCUUAACGCAUACAGCGGCUUUGCCUUGGUAGCGGAAGGCUUUAUGUUGGAAAACCCAUUACUUACUACAGUAGGUGCGCUUAUAGGGGUUUCUGGUUCGAUCCUUUCGUAUAUCAUGUGCGUGGCAAUGAAUCGAAGUCUCACGAAUGUACUAUUUGGUGGUAUAUCGGCGCCAGCGAAAACAGACUACAAGAUCGAGGGGUCAGUAACACAGACGAAUGUUGAGGACACAGCCGAAUCUCUUGUCAACGCGGAGAAUGUCAUUAUCGUAGUUGGGUAUGGAAUGGCGGUCGCGAAAGCGCAAUAUGCCAUUAGCGAAAUUACCGGUUUGCUCCGGGCCAAAGGGAUCAAGGUUAGAUUUGCUAUCCACCCUGUCGCAGGUCGUAUGCCCGGACAGUGCAACGUUCUAUUAGCAGAGGCAAGCGUGCCGUAUGAUAUCGUACUGGAGAUGGACGAGAUAAACGAUGACUUUGGAGACACUGAUGUUACGCUCGUAAUUGGCGCGAAUGAUACGGUCAACCCAAUUGCGCUCGAGCCUGGUAGUCCGAUUGCAGGAAUGCCUGUUCUCCACGCUUGGAAGAGUAAGCAAGUUAUUGUUAUGAAACGUGGUAUGGCCAGUGGCUAUGCCGAUGUUCCCAAUCCUAUGUUCUACAUGCCUGGAACGAAGAUGUUAUUCGGCGAUGCUAAAGUUACUUGUGAUGCCAUUAAAGCAGCCAGAUUCGAGUUCCUUUCAAGAUAUUAG